AUGGGAUUGUGCGAGUCGCGAGAGGAAGAGGAGGACGGCGUGCGAUUGGCGACAGCCGAUACAGACGCUAUUGUGCGCUCGCUGGGGGGAGAUGGCAAGUACUGCAAAGGAGAGUUCAAAGAGCGCUACAAGUCGACGAUCGGCUCCGAUUUUGCGACGAAAGACCUCUCCGUGGACGACCGAUACGUCACGCUGCAAAUAUGGGAUACCGCGGGACAAGAGCGAUUUCAGAGUCUGGGAGUAGCGUUUUAUCGAGGCUCCGACUGCUGCGUGCUUGCCCGGACGACCCAGAGAAGUUCCCAUUCCUCGUGUUGGGCAACAAAGUCGAUCUGUGUCGAGCACAGAGCCCAGGCACUCAACCACGCCAAAACUGAGAUCACCACCACCAAACCAACAACAGGAAAGCCUGAGGUAAGCGAAGACGAAGCCAAGGAGUGGUGUAAGAAGCACGGCAACAUUCCUCAUCUCCUUGUCAGCGCGAAAGAGGGGACCAACUUGGACGAGGCCUUCACCCUGCUGGCGGACAUCGCCAUCCAGCGACUUCACGCCCCUCUGUCCACCGCCGCCUCCAGCGUGCGCAGUCGACAUGACAAGGAGGGCGUCUACUCCUCCUCGCCGUGGUGA